CAGUUGUCUUCAGUUGGUUAUUCUCCUCCUCGUCCUGUGUUGAGAGCUGCGGCUCAUAUUCCGCCAUACUGUCCGCAGUGUUUAUUUUGAUAAAUUUUCACCAAUUACUGAUAUUUUAAUCCAUAAUACACCAAAUAAUAUCAUAAAAAAAUCAAUAUCUACUGAUUUAUCAUACAAUUGUGAUAUAUAAAUAUUUUUUUAUCCGUUAACUCAACUUUAUAAAAUACAUAAAAAGAUAGAAAAAAAAAAAAAAGUAACGCCAGUGUCACCAGUAGCGCCUUGUGGUAGUGUGUGCCAGUUUAGUAAACGUGACGAAGGAACAUCAGCAUUUUAAUUUCCAUUCUCAUAUUCUCAUAACCAGUAUCAGCAGCUACACUAGCACCAGUAUCAGCAAUGGCCUGUGCCACCCUAAAAAGAUCCUUGGAAUUUGAUCCUGUUCAUAGCCACGGACGUCCUAAUAAACGACGAAGAUGUGCACCGAUGUGCGUAUCACCUGGUAGUUCAACUCAACGGACAUCAAGCCAACAAAAUCCAUCACCAUUUGGCGAAGUUACGCACAAAUUGACGCCUGAAAAAAUGGCUGCUAACAUUAGAGAAGAAAUUCGUCGAUUACAUAAACGUAAGCAGUUGCAUUUCAACCCACAAGGUAAUUCAAGUGGUUGUGAUUCUUCGGACAUGGAAGGGGGCCCAGCAAGUCCAUCUGGUUGUGGUUCAAGCUCGUACAACUGCAGUCCAAACAGCAGGGAGAAACCAUUAUUUACAUUUAGACAAGUCGGAUUGAUUUGCGAGAGAAUGCUCAAAGAACAAGAAACUCAAAUACGUGAAGAAUAUGAUCAAAUAUUAACAAUGAAGCUUUCAGAACAAUAUGACGCUUUUGUUAAAUUUACAUAUGAUCAAAUUCAAAAGAGAUUUGAAUCUGCGGCUGCACCAAGCUAUCUAUCUUAAAUGGAAGCUUGUACACCUGAGAAAUCAAGUUUUGAAGAGAAGGAUUAGGUAAGAAAUAUUAAAUCAAUUAUCCUUAAUCACCAUCAAUGAGGAUUUAUUGGUUAAUUAUUUCAUAAAAUUUAAAUCGCAGUUUUUCUUUACUGCGUGUCUGAAAAUAAAAUUAUUUGCUUAAAGUUUGAACUUUGAAAUAGUUACGUUGACAGGAUUUAAAAGUCAUUGAAGUAUAUAAAUAAAUCAGCAGAUAAUAAAAUUAAUAACAAAAUAUAAUUAUUUAAAUUCGAAGAUUCGAAAAUAAUGGAAAUAAAUUAAAAAAAAAACAAUUCUCGGCAUAAACGGAGGAAGAUUAGUGAUGUAAGUUCAUAGUAGAUUUGUAGUUAAAUACAAUUUAAAUAAACGAAGAUCGAUCAAUAAAUUGAAUGUGUAUCAAUAACAAGAAAUAAUUAAAUUUGGAAAAAAAAAAAAAAAAAAAAAAAUAACAACAACAAAA